AUGUGGCUAUCGACCACUAAAUCGGAGAGGGGUCUGUCUGUUCGCUAUGCCAAUGAGGUGGGGGAGGCCUUCCGUGCCCUGGUGCCAGUGAGCGCUGUAUGGGCCACACAUGCGGUUGCCACCGUGUAUGUCUCCGCUGAUGCUUUGGACAAGGGGAAGAAGGCUGCUGUGGAGCAUGGUGACAACCCAGGGAAGAGAACCAAGGUAGCUGCAGCAGUGGUGGACUGUUAUGUAUGGCAGGCCCUGGCCUCGGUCGCUAUCCCAGGCUUCACCAUCAACCGGUGUGCUGCCUCUCUCUACCUCCUAGGAAGAACCAGGCACCUGCCCCUCUCCACCAUUCCCUUCAUCAUCCACCCUAUCGACAGGGGAGUGGACUUCCUACUGGACUCCAGCCUCCGUAAGGUCUACGGUCAGUCUAUAGGAAAACUAAUAAGUCUAUAGCACAACUAAUAAGGACCACAUCCAUCCUGUAGCCUGUCCUGGACAGGUUAGCUCUACCAGGAAGUUCACCUUCUGACCCAGACAGGACUUCCUCCCAGGCCAGCUGAAACCUCUGCUGAUCACUCUACUAACAUCACUGUGAAGCCAACACAGCAGGGUUACUCAACUCUAGUCCUCCAGAGUCCACAGUUGUCUAUGCCCCUCUCUUUCAACCCUAUUGUCAUCUUUUUAUUUUCAACUCCCAAGUUAGGGGGACUUAGGACUCUUCGGCCCGUCAAUUACAUUGUAUCAGGGAGAAUAGAGAUCCUGUAGACAGUGUUGCCCUCCAGGACUGGAGUUGAAUAUCCGUGGCUACUACUGGCCUGCAGUGCCCACCUGGUCAUGUUCAGACCUCCACUGGGUGUGUAUCCAGGUAGCUCUUGCUGUUAGCCAUAUUCAGGGAACAUUCGGGGCAGUGUCAUCAUACCUGGCAUUGAGAGCCUAUUUUCAUUACAAGUAAACAUUUAUCUUCGUUUUUUUGUUUAUUACAGAAAGAAUGACAAUGCAUAGUUGUCUGUCACUUUGAAUAAAGCUUGACAGAGUAUAGUGUGAUGCACUUUUCAAUGUUCAGUCUUGAGAUUAACCUCAGAGCUUUUUUGCCCCUUGUCAUUCAAUACUGAGUUCAACAGAAUAUAUGUUAAGUUUUUGUUAGCGCUAAAGUUUCAGUUCCUUUGGUGACAUUUUAGGUAUAGAAGGUAUUGUAAUAGUUGUGUAACAUGGCCUAUGCAGAAAGCAUAUGAAACGAUUAUGCAUAAAAUACUGUAAUUAUUGCCAAGGCUACCCAUCAGUAUACAUUGCUGUGCUGCACUAUGCAACAAAACCAAGUCAUCUUAUACAAAAAUGGGAAUUGCGAUUGGAAUGUGUAAAUUAAUGUGACAUACUGGGAAAUGUUGCCAAUUGUUCAUACACCAGAACUAACAUUCAGCAAUAAUUGUUAUUUACAUUUUGUUAAGUCAAUUUCUGUGUUUGUUAUAUAUUGUUUAAUUCUUAGUGAAUGUGAAAAAGCCAAAGGCACCAAAACACAACAGCUUUGGGAUAGUUUGUGAACGUUUUCUCUUUCAGAUUAUUUGUCCACAUAGUCACAAAAUCAAAUGUCAUACUGUAUUUCAAUGUCAUUUUUUAAUGUAUUUCUUUUCAUGCUGGAAACAUAAGGGAAUAUUUAACUGUUGUUUCCACAGCAUUUUCCUCAAAGAUUUAACAUUUUUAAGAGACACUUAUUUUAUAACAUGUUUUAUUUCCAAUGUUUUAGCCUUAACAUUCAAAUAUGUUUUCAAACCAGCUACUGAAAACAUCUGACAUUUUCUUUAGUAUGAAAAAAAGUUCAAACAUAUUUUCUUUGACAAAAUAUAGUAAUUUAUCAUUGAAACUGAAAGAUAUACUGUAAUGUGCCACUAUCUAGUUAUUCCCUUAUUUUGAAACUGUUUUUAAAUAUACUUUAGAAAAACGACAUAUCCUAUAUUGUAUAAAUGAAUGAAUCAAUGUCUCCGUAUUUCUUUCCUCAAGCAUUGGUAUGUGCAAACAA